CUCUGCAGCUCCCAGAGGCCCCCGCGGCUCCCAGAGCAGGCCGAAGUCUUCCAUCUUGCGUGCUCAGUGCUGGAAGAAGCUGCCUAACUUUCUUUACCCGAAGCCCAUUUCCCUGGGAUGGGAAGACAGCCCACCUGGCCGGAAGUCCCACCUCCUUGCUCUCCGACUCUUCCAGACGUUUUGCCGUCACCAGGGCUUGCCUCUACCCCUUUCUCUGCUCCAUCCUUUCACCGGAGAAGGAUACGUUUAGUGCCGCCCUCCCAGCCGCGCUGCCCCCCCUCUGUUCUGGAAGCUUCUUCCCCACAGCCCCAUGUAGCUGGGACGCGGGGCCGGGGGUGGUCGGACCCCUGAGAUCCUAAAAGAGGGGCGGACAGGGUGCAGAAGGCCCUGCUGCCGCCGCCAUGCACCCCGCGGCCUUCCCGCUGCCCGUGGUGGUGGCCGCGGUGCUGUGGGGGGCGAGCCCCGCGCGGGGGCUCAUUCGCGCCACCUUGGGCACGAAGGCCAGCAUGGACUUCGUGGACCUCCCCGCCCUGUUCGGGGCCGCCCUGAAACAGGAGGGGCUGCAGGGCUUCCUCGUGGAGGCCCACCCUGCCAAUUCCUGCAGCGCCAUCGCGCCGCCGCCCGCCUCUCCGGCCAACGGGUCCACCUUCAUAGCCCUGCUCCGCAGGUUUGACUGCAGCUUCGACCUCAAGGUCCUGAACGCGCAGAAGGCCGGCUACGGGGCGGCCGUGGUGCACAACGUCAACUCCGACGAGCUCCUCAACAUGGUGUGGGACAGCGAGGAGAUCCAGCAGCAGAUCUCCAUCCCGUCCGUGUUCACGAGCGAGAGGAGCUCCCGGUACCUCCGCUCCCUCUUCCUCUACCAGAAGGGGGCUGAGGUGCUGCUGGUACCAGACAGUCGCUUCCCCUUGAGCUAUUACCUCGUUCCCUUCACAGAGAUCAUGGGGCUGCUGGCCCUGGCCAUCGGAGCAGUGACGCUGAUCGUGAGCUUCGUCCAGCACCGGGCAGACCUCCAGGGGACGCCGCUCACCCAAGAGCAGCUGGAACAGGUGCCCACUCACGACUAUCGGAAGGGCGACCCCUACGACGUCUGCGCCAUCUGCCUGGAAGAGUAUGAGGAUGGGGACCUGCUGCGGGUGCUCCCCUGUGCGCAUGCCUAUCACAGCCGCUGCGUGGACCCCUGGCUCACGGGCACCCAGAAGACCUGUCCCGUGUGCAAGCAGACUGUCCACCCAGGUCGUGGGCAGGAGGAAGGCGCUCAGCAGUGUGAGGGCGAUGUGGAAGGGGCGACAAGGGCUCACCCUGCCUCAGAGCGAACCCCACUUCUGGAACCCGGCCCCUCACACCCCACAUCCUUUGGGUCACUGGCCCCAGCCCCCCUUGUUUUUCUUGGGUCUUUAGCAGAUCUCUCACUCUCUUCUUCCUCAUCUUCCUCUUCAGAUGCCGUCUUGAGCUGAUCUCCUGCGCCACCUCUGUGACCUGUGUGCACAGCCGUGGGGCCUUUCUCUCCCAGGUUUCUCUGUUACCCAACCCAGGCCUGUAGAGGGAGUUGACGGUGCAAAGGGGCUGGGUCUUCGCUUACUGCAUUGGUCAAAUUGCUUUUGCAGACCCAAACCAAAAUUGGUUGGAUUCAUGUGGGAGCCAUAGGUGGAAGCCAUCACAAGCCAUUGGAAAUAGCUUGUUUUCAUAACCUGUGUUAGAGAUGAAAACAUAAUUAAAAAUGUUAUUUUUAAAUCACUCUUAGAGUAUCUUAAAUUGAAUGGGAUAUUAACAUUUGGCCUCAUAAUGCAAUUUCUCGUAUCUGUACAAACUUCAGUGCAUUUCCUCUUACUGUUUUUGAUCAGGGUCAGCAUGAAUUUAGUUAUCUACACUAAUCUGAAUGUUCGAUUGUCAUCAGUUAAUGCUUGAAGAGCACAGAACCAUUAAAAUGUUUACUUGGUUAUGGCAAAAGAGUGAACUUGGUGGUAGGUCACUGGCCUUCUUACCUGUGAAGUGGCUGUGUCAAUGCAGUUUUAAUUGCUUUAUAUAAUAUGGUCAUUUAGCAUCAUCAUAUGGCUAAGUAGGGUGGAAUUUUAAAAGAAUGUUCUUUAGCUUUGUCUGGAAUCUUUUGGAAUUAAAAACCUGUUUAAAUGAAGGAAACAUGCAACAUGAAAUGCUUUUUACCUGAGAGUGGUAAUUGUUCAGCCACACCAUAUUUUCUGUAUUUGGAGCUGCCUGUGUGUAAUAGCAUGACUGGAGUUAAUAGAGGAUCAUUAAAUAUGACCUUUUUUGGAAUUAAAGUCAUUUUCACCCUUUAAUGAUUACUAAUGAUAGGGAAGCUAGCUUUCAUUUGCACGGCCAAUUUUAACAUCUCAAACUUCUAGAUAUUCCGUUGUUGAUGUAGAUAACUACUCUCAGUGUAAGUCUCAGACUCUGUUCUGUUUCAUGUGAAACUUGAAAUAAAGUCUUAAAACACACCCAAAGACUUCUAUCUUGGAGAACAGAAUCGGU